GCAUGCUAAUAUCUGGCACACAUAGUGAAUAUAUCUUAACAAUAAUUUUGUUAUGCCGAGUGAUUUUCUUAUAGGACCUCUAUCAGUGAACCGCUAGGUCAUUUGACUACGGUUUCUGUACCGGAUACCGGAGGAUGUACCCUCCCGGUGUACGGGUAUGUUUAUUAUCAGCUGAAUAGUGACAUUAUGCGACCUGACGAACACAAGAAGAAAAAGAAUGCACAGUACAAGAAGAAACAUGGAAUGUCAGAAAAAGAGAACAAGACUGAAGCGAAGUCUAAAAGCAGUGCUCAAGACAAGAAAGAUAAACCUUCAAAUGUUAAAGGAGACGAUUCCAAAGCGCAACACUCGGACAAAAAUAUCAAAGUGAAAGUGGAAGAAACAGAAGAAGUGAAUAAACAUUAUGGAAGGCGUAAACUUGUGAGCAAUUGGAGCAGGUACGAGGACUACUCAGAUAGUGAGACGGAGGACGACAUUCCUCUACAGAGAGGAGAAGAUUUCAACAAGCUGCUAGCUCAAGCAGGAGGGGCAGCAACUCAGUUUAGACUGAAGGAUGAAGAGGAAUGGAAUACAGAGAGUCUGGGCUCUACAGCAACAGCAGUGCUGGCCGUGGACUUUGAAAAUUUGGCACACUCAUUGGACUGUAUUCCACUUCAUGAAAGACUUGGAAUUGAUGAUCAUGUAUUUACUGAAGAGCAGUUGAAUGAAAUGAAAGCACAUUCUGCAGAAAAUGAACAGAAAUAUAGAGCAGCAGCUGAUGUAAUAAAGACAGAUGAUAAAAUGAAAGCUAUGGACAGAUCUGAAAAUACUGGUUCUAAUUCCUCAAAAGUAAUAAGAAAGCCUGGUUCAAGUGCAAUAGAAAAUAAUGAUACUAAAAAGACAAGUGAUAUUCCAACACAAAACAUGACAGUUGAUAAAGUGAACAUGAAAAAUGAUAAAGUUCAAAACAAAUUAGAAAACAAGCAGAAAAACAAAGAUUUCGCAAAGCAGGAAGUUGAAGAAUUAGAAGAUGAUUUAGAUAUGAUUCUGUCUUUUGGAGAUACAAAUGAUAAAAAAGUUGAGCCUGUAUAUAAAGUUGACAGAAUUAUUGAUAAGGAUGCAAAAGUGAAGAUUGAAAAAGUAAAUGCUGUAGACAUGGAAUGUGUGAGUAAAGCAAAGGAGAAAAAAGGUCAUGAUAAGGGAAAGGAGAAUCUUGAAGACUGGUUAGAUUCAAUGUUGGAUGACUGAAAACUUGUGGAGGACAAAAAAACGAAACUUCUUGGAAUAGAGAUCUUAGCUGUUUAGCCAGUAAUCCCAUCUGUUAAAGACCUCUUCAUGAAGCUUAGCUUGAAAUAGACUUUUUCUUUAUUGAGCUUUAUGUAAAUGACUUUAAAAUCAUUGAGUUAGUACUUGUUUGAAGUCGCAGGAGUGAAAUAAAGCUAUUACAUAAAUUUAAUAGUACACUAGUGUAAUUAAGCUUUGACAUCAACGUCGUUUAAAGUAUCAGAGAUGUUGGUCAAAUUGACUUGUUUAUAAUAGUUAAAGAAAAUAGAAUUUUUUAUGUUUCGGCUUGAAAAGCUUACAUGUGAUAAAAAGAAUAUUACAUUAAAUUUGUGACUUUCCACAUUGAAUUUAUUAAACUUGUUGAAUAAAUUUUAUCAAAUGCGAGGCUCUGCCGAGUAUUUUAUUAUUUUAUUCAACUCCUUUAAUAAAUUCAAUAUGAAAAAACACAUUUCGAAUUAAAGCUUAAUUAAUCUGCCAUCAUGGACUGUAAUCAUGGGCUUAUUGAAUAUGUUUCUUCAUGCAGUUGUACCCCAAUCAGGAAUUGACAUGAAAAAUAAAGUUCUGCUGCUGA